UUCCUCUUUCGCUUACUGCUCUUCAUCAAGGCACAGCUUCGGAUAAGUCUGCUCAGUUAACCUGUCCAAAAAGACCAAAUCUGAAAUUUUAUAAAGUGACAUGAAUUCAGUGUUUUGGUGCCUCUGGCUCGUCUUCACUUUUAUGGACUGACGAGACGUUUUUGGUGGUGGCUCGUGGAGCUUGUGCAACACUGCUUCGAUGCAUCCCUUCAUGUGUUUAUUGACUGAAUGAGACAGAGGAGACGGAGCGAGACGUUGCUGUGACAGCCAUGUAUGUCUGUAUGCAGUAGCGUACACGCUGAGUGUGUCUUGGUGUGUAUGUGUUGAGUGUGUGUGAUGUCAGGAGACACCAGCACCCUGUCCUGGAGGAGCAUGUCUCCCACCACCCAGUCAGAUUCCUCGGACAUGUCUCCCUUGACACCGGUCCCCAGGGACAGCAUCUUCCCGGUGAAGAUCAUCAAAGUGUGUUUCCUUAGCAACAGCUCCAACCUGGGCAAGAACUUCAAACUGGUUCGCUGCGAGGAGGGAUGGACCGUCAAGGAUGUUGUUAAUGUGGUGCUGUCCAGUGGCUGUGUGGGCCCAGACAUAAAAUACACCCUUUGUUACGGACUGCUCCUCAAACACCUCAAGUCCUCGGUCAUACACUGGCUGCACCCAGACCUGACUGUGUCCGAGCUCACGCAGCGCUACGAACAGCAGCACCUGGAGGCUGAGUGGAGAUAUGAUCUGAGGAUCAGGUACAUCCCAACAGCCUUCAUGGAGAAAUUCAAAGAUGACAGAACCACGAUGCUCUACUUUUACCAGCAGGUACGAAGUGACUACAUGCAGCAGUAUGCCUCAAAAGUCAGUGAUGGGAUGGCUCUACAGCUCGGCUGUCUGGAAAUUAGGAGAUUCUACAAAGACAUGAAUCCAAACGGACUGGAGAAAAAGUCAAACUUCGAACUAUUAGAGAAGGACGUGGGGCUAGACCUGUUUUUUCCCAGAGAGCUGAUCAACAGCAUGAAGCCCAAACAGCUGCGUCGGCUGAUCCAGCAGACGUUUCAGGGUUACUCCACUCUGAAGCAGGAGCAGUGCAUGGCCAGGUUCUUCACCACGCUGGCUCAGUGCUACAGCUACACACAGGAGAGCUUCGCCUGCCAGCUAGUCCUCGGUUGGAGUCUAACAAUAGACCUGGUCAUCGGCCCUGACGGCAUCAGUCAGCAUACUGAAAACUCAACACCCAUCUGUUUGGCCACGUUCUCUCAGGUGCGCAGUAUCUCCUGCUCUGCCGAGACUGACGGUCGGGCUCUGCUCACUGUGCACAUAGAGGGAGCCAAACAGCCGCUCACAGUGAACACAUCCUCUCUGGCUGUGGCAGAAAACAUGGCCGACCUGAUCGACGGCUACUGCCGGCUGGAAGGCUGCUCUGAGAGCUCGCUCAUUAUCCGGCCCAGCAAAGGGAGAGACGCAAGACUGAAACUACCUGACAUCCCAAAAAGUGGUGCUCCCAGUGGUCCUAACAAGGGUUUGAGUUCGGACAUUUAUGCUGAGAUUCCGGAGGGAACAGCAGACUCUGGAGAGAAGUACAGGAUCUCCAGAGAUGACAUUGUCGUGGGUCGGAUCCUGGGUGAGGGAUUCUUCGGAGAGGUUCACAAUGGAGUUUAUAAAAGCCCAAGCGGAGAGAGGAUCAACGUGGCCAUCAAAACCUGUAAGGACUGUUUGGGUGAAGUGAAAGAGAAGUUUCUGAGUGAAGCUGACUUGAUGAAAAAUCUGGAUCACCCCCACAUUGUGCGUCUAAUCGGAGUCAUUGAGGUCGAUCCUGUCUGGAUCGUCAUGGAGCUCUAUGAGCACGGAGAGUUGGGGAAAUAUCUCGUGGAGGAGAAGUACAUCAUGACCACUGCAACAUUAAUCCUGUACUGUCUGCAAAUCUGCAAAGCCCUGGCUUACCUGGAGGGACUCAACAUGGUGCACAGAGAUAUCGCGGUUAGAAACAUCUUGGUGGCAACUCCUGAAUGCGUCAAGCUCGGCGACUUUGGUCUGUCUCGCUAUGUUGAAGAACAAGAGUAUUAUAAAGCCUCAGUCAGUCGAUUACCGAUCAAAUGGAUGGCACCUGAGUCCAUCAACUUUAGGCGUUUCACCACAGCGAGCGACGUCUGGAUGUUUGGUGUAUGUGUGUGGGAGAUCUUUUCAAUGGCCCAGCAGCCGUUCUUCUGGCUGGAGAACGGGCAGGUGAUCAACCAGCUGGAGUCUGGAGUUCGGCUCCCCAAACCACAGCAAUGCCCACCCACCGUCUACUCCCUGCUCACCCGGUGCUGGGCCUACGAGCCGCAAGGUCGGCCCGGCUUCAACCAGCUCGUCUGCUCCCUCAGUGACAUCCACAGGAUGGAGUUGGAGCAGGAGGCGAGGCCAGACAGACGACGCUCCAUCGCAAUUACAUUUGACCCUAAGCUCACCUCAGAGCCUCCGCCCAAGCCAUCCAGAAUACAAGGAAACACCCUUCCUCGAGUCACGCACAUUCAGGCAAAAGAGAGGGAUAAAAGGCCGGCGUGGGAAAAAGAGAAAGCGCAAAUGGAGGACAUGUUACAGAAACAGAGAAGAGAGAUGCUGAUGGAUAAACAUUGGCUGGAGCAGGAGGAGAAACAACUGGAUCCAGUCGUGAGAGUGGAUUCAAACGUCAAGCCUACGGAGAAAAGGCAAGAAAAUGGUCCACCAGAGAAGCCACCAAUGCCUCCUACAGUCUCACAGCCCCGGCCCACAGCUGAGCUGGACCGAUCAGGUGACCAGGUGUACACCAGCGUCAUGGCGAUGGUGAAACAGGUGGUCCAGCUGAAGAAUGAUGUCAACACACUGCCGGCCUCCGAGUAUCCCAACGCUGUCAAAGCGGUUGGUAUCACCCUCCGUAGCCUGAUCCAAAGCGUUGACGAGAUUCUGCCCGCUCUGCACAGCUCCGUCACAACAGAGAUAGAGGGAACUAAGAAACUGCUGAACAAGGAUUUAGGGGAGCUGAUCAACAAGAUGCGACUGGCCCAGCAGAACGCCGUAACGACGCUGAAGGAGGAAUGUCAGCGGCAGAUGUUGGCGGCCGCUCACACUCUGGCGCUGGACUCUAAAAACCUGUUGGACGCUGUGGACCAGGCUCGUGUCAGGGCCAACCUGGCCAAGCCCAAGCCUGUUUCUCAAGAAGCAGAGGAUGCUGGGGAAUGAAGUUUUCUUUUGGACUUAAAAGAAGGACAUGAAAUUUAGUUUGCAUCAUGAGGGGACGAGUUCCUGUGUUCAUGAAAAGAUGGUAUAAUAUAUUUGUAUUUUCUCUUAAAAAAAUAAAGUCAUGUUUACUUAAA